AUGGACGAGAGAAUCCAAUUUGACAUCAACGAAGCCAUAAAGGCGUACUUGUCCGACCCCUUCACUAUCCCAACCCCGGAAGUUCCUUCAGACCUGUUGGAUUGCGAGAGUGACCCCGAGUCACUGACCAGUGCCGUGGUCAAUGGCGCUCUUAAUCCGGUUGUCGAUGCGAUCGCAGAGAAUCCCGAAUCCAUCACGCGAAGUUGCAACUUCGAUACUCUCCAGUUUUUACUCAAGUGUGCACCCAUUGUUUCCUUAGAUCAUCAACUUCAGCCCUACCAAAGGCAUUCUAUCAGCCGUCCUGACACGCCCGCGUUAUUUGCGCUCUCCAGGUACACAUCACAAAUCCCUCCAACCGCUCUCAGCAAACUCCUCGAUUUGAUUGUAUCCGGUCUCUCCGCCGAAGCAGACGCUGCCCAUGCCGACAUCGAGGCCGACGACCAGGAAACGUUGAAGCACCACCACAAACAACUCCUCGAAGUCUAUGGUUUCCUACUACAAUGGUGCAUUGCUGUGGUCGAGACGAAAGCUGCCGAGAAGCAGUCGACUGCAACAGCUGGACGGGGUCGAGGCGGCAAAAGCGCAAAAGGAAAGGCUGGAUCGAAAGAUGGAACUUGGGAUUCGUCGACCCAGUUACAAGCUGCGCUCGAUGUUAUGAGCAAGGUUUUGAAGUUGAAGCUUUCCAAAAUCUUCAUGACUACAUCGGAGCGUGAUACGUUCGUCGGCCUUUUCACUCGACCAGUGUAUCUGGUUCUCGAAAGCGAAACACGAGUCAAGAAUACAUCGAUCCGGAUGUAUUCAUUUAAAGUCCUAUGUAUUGCCGUCAAGCAUCAUGGACAUGGCUUCGGGGCGCAAACCUCCAUCAUCCAGAAUUUGACCUACUUCGAGCAUCUCUCGGAAGCAAUGGCAGAAUUCCUGCAAAUCCUCGCGGAGCAAUAUGACUAUCCACAGCUCACCGAAGAGAUUCUAAGGGAGUUGAGCAGCAAAGAGUUCAAUGCCAACGAUAUCAAGGGACCGAAGUCGGUUUCGGCAUUUGUCACGAAAGUGUCCGAACUGGUUCCUCGGUUGGUCAUCAAGCAGAUGACGUUGCUCGCCAAAUUACUGGACAAUGAGUCCUACACUCUUCGGUGUUCUAUCAUUGAAGUUUGCGGAAACCUGAUCACAAUGUUGAGCAGACAAGAAGAGAGCGAAAGGGGCGAGAACCAUCAAGGACAAGUAGAUGCUUUCUUUGACGUUCUCGAGGAGAGGUUUCUUGAUAUCAAUCCCUACUGCCGAUGCCGAGCCAUCCAAGUCUGUUUGCGAUUGUGUGAUUUGGAAGUCAAAUUUCCUAAGAGGAGACAAACGGCAGCCGAACUUGCCACUCGGAGUCUUGAAGACAAAAGCAGUAACGUCCGCCGCAAUGCGAUAAAACUCCUUGGAAAGCUGAUUUCCACUCAUCCUUUCGGUGCUUUUGGCAAAGGUCAGCUACAGAAGAAAGACUGGACAAAGGCCUUGCAAGAUGAGGAUGCAAAGAUUGACGCCUUACAACCUCCCACGGAGCUGCGAGAAAAGACGAUCUCGGAUGAAACAGCAGACACCGAGUUGCUUGAUGAUGUUACUCAAGCGGAACCCACGGUUCCGGAGUCGAUGACAGAGGAUCAGCGUAUCGAAGCCAUGGAGAGGGCAGCAAAGGAGGCGGCGACGGCAGAACUGAUCAAUCAAUUGCAAUUGUCUCGGCGAUUCUUUCUUGAAGCGCUUCGGUUCAUUGAGGUCAUUCACAAUGCCUGCCCUGUGGUUACGCAGUUGUUGUCAUCGAGAAACAAGUCGGAAGUCAUCGAAGCCAUGGAUUUCUUCGUCACAUGCCACGUCUACGAGAUUGAGACGGCGAGAAUUGGGGUGAGGCGCAUGCUCCGCCUAAUCUGGACGAAAGGGAACAGCGACGAAGGCAAAGGCGUUCAGUCCCACCUGAUCGAGUGCUACAAGAGUCUCUUCUUCACCGCGCCGGACUAUACGGCAAACGAUGCUGCGAACUACGUGGCUCGAAACAUGAUCAGCCUGACCUUUGGAGCGACACCGGCGGAACUCACGUCUCUGGAGCAGCUUUUGAGCACGAUGAUGAAAACGGACUUGGUCAGCACUAUCGUCGUCCAAAAGCUGUGGCAGAUUUAUGGCGUACAACGGAAAGAAAUCUCUAAGAAGCAGCGACGUGGUGCGAUUAUUGUCCUCGGCAUGCUCGCUUUAGCAGAUCCGGAAAUCGUCGUCAGGGACAUGGAGACGUGUCUAAGAAUCGGUCUCGGAGAGAUUGGCCGCAAGGACCUCGGAUUGGCCCGAUAUACGUGCAUCGCUCUUCGUCGGAUUUAUGAUGGAGGCAAGCAAACUGGCAAGCGAGAGUCUCCGACCGCGGCCAAAUUACCUAACGAUCAUAUCGUGCUCGUGCAACUCGCAGAUCUCGUCGAAAGCGCGUCGGACUCAAAAGAAUGGUUCGGUGUUGCCGAGCAGGCGAUCGGGGCCAUCUAUGCUCUUUCCAAGUUGCCGGACACUUUAUGCACCGAAGUACUUCGAAGAAUGACCAAAUCGGUGUUUCGGCCUAACCAAACUGAUUCGCGGCCAGCGUCUUCUUCCGGGUCGGUUGCAAACGACGGUACUGGAUUGCCUUCUCCUCGAUCCGAGAAGAGCACCGGUCCGGGCAAACAACGGACGACGGCGGCAUUAUCACAGCUCUUGUUCGUCGUGGGACAUGUCGCUAUCAAACAGAUUGUGCAUUUGGAACUGAUCGAGCAAGACUUCAAGCGAAGAAAGGCCGCAAAUGAGAAGCUAUCCGUGGCCGAGAACAGUGAAAAGGGGGACGCAUCGCCCACCAAACGAAAGCCAGGAGAGAAACCACAGUCGGAAGAGCAGGACGAGUUGGAUCUCAUGGCCGGUACGACAGAAGAUGAUUUCACGGAGGCACUUGCUCAUGUUCGAGAGCAAGAGCUCCUCUACGAUCCGCAGUCUCUUCUCUACAACUUCGGGCCCAUGGUUGCUGAAAUCUGUGGAAAUAACACCCGAUACAACGAUCCCAUCCUGCAAUCCCAGUCGGCCCUUUGCAUGGCCAAGCUCAUGUGCGUCAGCGCCGAGUACUGUGAGCAGCAUCUCGCCUUGCUGUUGACCAUCCUAGAGCGCAGCAAGGAUCCCAUUGUCCGAAGCAAUCUGGUUGUCGGGCUUGCCGAUAUGGCCGUGUGCUUCAAUCAUCUCGUAGAUGAAAACACGGAUUUCCUUUAUCGUCGACUCAAUGACGUCGAUCUUAGUGUCAAACGGACAUGUCUGAUGACAUUGACAUUCCUCAUCCUAGCCGGUCAAGUCAAGGUGAAGGGCCAACUUGGGGCAAUGGCGAAGUGUAUCGAGGACGACGACACUCGAAUCGCCGACAUGGCUCGGAUGUUUUUCACCGAACUUGCGACGAAAGAUAACGCCGUGUACAAUCAUUUCGUUGACAUGUUCAGUUUGCUUAGUACAGACGAGGAUUUGGAUGAGAACACUUUCAGACGCAUUCUGAAAUUCCUUGCCGGUUUCAUUGAAAAGGAUAAACAUGCCAAACAACUUGCAAACAAGCUUGCGGCUCGAUUAUCACGAUGCAAUAGCGAAAGGCAAUGGAAUGACGUUGCAUAUGCCCUUGGUCUGUUGCAACACAAAGACGAGGAGAUCAGCAAGGCGAUUGGGGAGGGUUUCAAAGUUGUACAGGCAACAGCGUGA